AUGUCAAGAGCCCAACAGACAAGACUGGAUCUGUUAGAGACAACCCCCCUACCUCCGGCAAAUCGUUUCGAAUCCUCGAAGUACCAAGAGCUCGACGAGUCCAUCAUUCCCGGCCAGGAACCACUUCCAUCCAACCAUGAGACCCCACACCCCGAUAUAAUCAUCACGAAUGGACCGGCCGUUGCGGUUUGCAUGAUGCUCGCAGCUAAAAUCCUCCGGUUCUUUAUAUUUGUCUCUCGCUGGCUCACUGGCCGUGCUUCUGCCCCGGAGAUUGCCCGGCUUCGAACCAUCUACGUGGAAUCAUGGGCACGGGUUCGAAGUCUCAGCGUCUCGGGAAAGUUGUUGUUGCCAGUUGCAGACUCGUUCAUAGUGCAAUGGCGUCCUCUUGAGGGACGACGAGCGUGGCCAGGCAUGAAAAGGACGCAAUACCAGGGCUGGCUUGUCAUCUAA